UCGGUCGGUCGGUUGGCCACCUCGGUGGACCCGCUUCUCUCUCCGACACCAGCAGACUGUCAUCUAUUGUUCGCGGACGGAGCUCGACGGAGGAGUCCGUCUGUUUCUCCCGGAGCGGUGAAGUUGCUCGGCUGUGAGGCACGAGGACGCUGUGAAAACCAGUCAGGAAUGUGUAAAAAAGCCAUGCAGGUCAACCAGAGAUCCACCUUUGUUAGAUAACGGAGAUCCAUUGAGAAGACCUGCCAGUUCCGCCACUGCAAAGCAACAAUGGAGACAACCUACCCCACCCAUGUCACCUCAGGAAUCAAUGAGGAAACGGAGGCUUUCUGGCUUUCCUAACACCCACCAGAUCCUCCCAGACGUACGGCUUAGAGCGGGACCUGACCGGUCUUGCCAAGCUCAGAGCUAAAUUUCAGACAAUGGGUCUCGUUUGGAUUGUCACGUCCAUGCUGACGGCAUGUGCAGCCAUCAACAUAGGGUCAACAGGCAGUCACAGCACGUUCACCUGUGAGCCCAUCACGCUGCGGAUGUGCCAGGGUCUCUCCUACAACACCACCUUUAUGCCCAACCUGCUCAACCACUAUGACCAGCAGACUGCAGCCCUCGCCAUGGAGCCUUUUCACCCUAUGGUAAACCUGGAGUGCUCUGCUGACUUACGUCCGUUCCUGUGUGCUCUCUAUGCGCCUGUGUGCACUGAGUACGGCCGCGUGACCCUGCCCUGUCGCCGUCUGUGCCAGCAGGCCAAAAGUGACUGCUACAAACUCAUGGACAUCUUUGGAGUCAGCUGGCCUGAAGAGAUGACCUGUAACAGGUUUCCUGACUGUGACGAGCCCUACCCUCGAGCUAUGGACCUGCUCUCGAAUGCCGACGGCACACAGGAGCCACCAGGGUCUGUGCAGCGUGACUAUGGCUUCUGGUGCCCUCGUGAGCUCAAAGUGGACCCUGAGCUUGGCUACUCUUUCCUGGGUGCGCGCGAUUGCUCAGCCCCCUGCCCGAACAUGUACUUCAGUCGGGAUGAGCUUCUCUUUGCCCGCUACUUCAUUGGUGUGGUCUCCAUUGUGUGCCUGUCAGCCACGCUCUUCACCUUCCUAACCUUCCUCCUCGAUGUGGGCCGAUUCCGUUACCCAGAGCGGCCCAUAAUCUUCUACGCUGUCUGUUACAUGAUGGUGUCGCUGGUGUUCUUCCUGGGAUUUUUGCUGGAGGAGAGGGUGGCAUGCAACCGGGCAGCACCAGGCCGAUUCCGUGCUGCCACCGUCACACAAGGCUCGCACAACAAAGCCUGCACAUUGCUCUUCAUGACCCUGUACUUCUUCACCAUGGCAGGCAGCGUGUGGUGGGUGGUCCUCACCAUUACCUGGUUCCUGGCUGCCGUACCAAAAUGGGGCAGUGAAGCCAUUGAGAAGAAGGCACUGCUGUUCCAUGCUGCAGCCUGGGGCGUGCCGGGGGCUCUCACAGUCGCCCUCAUGGCCCUGAACAAGGUGGAGGGCGAUAGCAUGAGCGGCGUAUGCUUCGUUGGGCUCUAUGACGUCGCGGCCUUGCGCUGGUUCCUCCUGGCUCCGCUGGCGCUGGACGUGGCUGUGGGUGUUGCGCUGCUGCUGGCCGGCAUUGCUGCACUUAACCGUGUCCGCAUGGAAAUUCCUCUGGAGAAGGAGAACCAGGACAAGCUGGUUAAGUUCAUGAUCCGGAUUGGGGUAUUUUCGGUGCUCUACCUCGUUCCACUGCUGACAGUGAUCGGCUGCUAUCUGUAUGAGCAGAGCUACAGGUCUGUGUGGGAGAUUACCUGGGUGCAAGAGAGAUGCAGAGAAUACCACAUCCCCUGUCCAUUCAAGGUGGAGCAGACAAGCAGGCCGGACAUCUCCCUCUUUCUCAUUAAGUACCUGAUGAUGCUGGUGGUAGGCAUCCCUUCUGUCUUCUGGGUGGGCAGUAAGAAGACCUGCUUUGAGUGGGCCAGUUUCUUUCACGGCCACCGCAGAAAAGACAGCACGGUGCACGAGAGCAGGCAGGUGCUGCAGGAGCCCGACUUCACCCAGCUGCUGCUGCGCGAGCCCGGGGCGCCGGUGGUCCGUAAGUCACGGGGCACCUCCACACAGGGGACCUCCACACACGCCUCCUCCACACACCUGGCCAUGCUGGAUGAGCCAGCCAGCGGCAGCACCAGCCGCGCAGGCAGCGUGCGCAGCAAAGCCAGCAGCUUCCAUGGGAGCCUGCACCGCUCACGGGACGGCAGGUACACAGCCUGUAGUUUCCGUGGCGCUGAAGAGCGACUUCCCCACGGGAGCACGCAGCGACUCCAGGAGCAGCUUCAGCACAACAGCACCAUCCGACUGGACAGCCAAUCACGGCACGGGGGCUCACAGCGCCUGGACAGCCAAUCACAUCACAGCAGCGUCCGGGACCUGAGCAGCACACCGCAGGCAGUCCAGAGCGGCCCCGGUAACGGCAUCCACCGCGUCAUGGAGGAGGACGGAGCCACCGCUUGAGCUUUAAGAGUCACUGUAAAGGAUGUAAAUGGAGCACAUGCAGAAGAGAAAAUGGGAAUAAAAGUCCAAAUCAGGUGAACUCUUUUAGCAGAUAGACCUUAAAACUCAAACAGAACAACAGAGAAGGAUGGGAUGGAUGCAUUGGGCUUUUGAUGGUGGACUGUAAUGAGACCAAGACUGAGCUUAAUCUCGAUAGACCUGUGUACUGCACUCCAAUCUUGUGACUUCCAGAUUUCCAAAGCCCGUUUGGGAUGCAGAAACUUUGCGAGGCCCAUCUGACCAAAGGGCUCCCGAAUCAACAGGGUAAAACUGUAAGGGCUUUAGGUACGUUGUCUCGACGUGGCGAAGCACUUGCUGCUUUAUGCUCAGGCCCAACUUUCAUGUACAUUUUGUGAUUUUUUUAUGAACCUCUCUGUGAUGCUGAACAGAUCUUGUUCCAUUGUUAUUGCACUUUUAGUAGACUUUCCUCAAUUUAAGUACAACAGGAGUAACAAUGGUUGAUAACUGCCCGUUUUUGUUGGUGAAAAGCAUUUGGCACGUAUGUUACAGAACACAGUAACAGCUCAAACAUUGGAGGAUGUGACUGCUGUUUUAGAUGUAGGACAGAUUUUAAAAAAAAGGUUAUUUCCCACUUUAGAAAUACGGAAUAGGAAAACAAACUGAUCUUCAGUUCUUCUCAUUGACAGUCUAGUACUAACAAAGUAGUUCUUUCGGUUGUGUAUACAUUUUUGUAAACUGUGAAGUUUUGUAACAAAGACCUUUUUUGUACAGCUAUCCGGAAACAGGUCUCGAGUCUUUUCUUGAUAAAAUGCAAUAAUGUAGAACAGAACACCAGCUUGUGUCAUCUCCCUCCGUUUAUUGAAUUACAUCAGAGUCAGGUUAUGUAAUAAGUUCUCCACAUUUGCUUAGUGGCCAGUUCAAGCCAUUCAUUUGCUCCAUCUUCUGUCUUAAAUAUCUCUGUGCAAAAAAACAAAAACAAAAAACAAGGACAAAAACCGCCUGUAGUGAG